CAUCCCAUUAUAUACAAUAUUGCACUUUACAUACACGUAUACACACACUCACACACACGUAUAUACACACUCAAACGCCUCGAGAGAUGGCAAGGUGGUUCGCGACGUUCCUAGUGGCUCUUGCCGUGGUUCAAGCCGCGGCGGCGGCGAGACCGACGCCCAAGGCCGCUGGUUUCGAUGACCAGAAGAACUUCGUCGCGUUCGGAGGCGUCGGAGGCGUAGCCGGAGCAGGAGUCGGCGGCGUCGGCGGUGUUUUGCCCAUCGGAGGUGGAGGUAUCGGCGGCGGACUAGGAGGCAUCGGAGGGGUUGUGCCCAUCGGCGACGUCGGUGGUCUCGGCGGCUUAGGCGGUGGUUCCGGCAUUGGCGGUCUCGGUGGUGGCGGUCUCGGUGGACUAGGCGGCGUUGGCGGUUUGGGUGGAAUCGGCGGCGGUAGCGGCAGCGAUUGCGGCGGCGUUCUUCCGCAUCCUUGAGAGAAUGACGUCAUGUUUAGUUUUCUACUACGUAUUUACGUGUUAUGUUUCAGUGUGUUCAGUUCUGUAUUGGUUGCUUUAAGUUCUUUUUUUCUCAUAAUUAAUUAAUGUUACGUAUUUGUGUGUCGGUUUGUAUUUGCAUUUGCAUAUUAAUGUAUCUUUGUAUCGCUUUUUGUGGACAACUAAUUAAUAUAAAGUAAUAUCAAUCCGUGAUAUUAA